GGGGAAGCGUGGGCCUGCUGCGGCUGGUGAGUAACUCUGCCAGGCGCCCCUGCCGCUCCCCCAGCUGACAGCCGCCUACGCUUCACAGUCGGAGCCAGUUUAUCAGGAGAGGGGGAACAGGCACUUUGAAGCUUGUUGCCAUCUCGGUUGCCGUGGCAGCAGCAGUCCUGUGUUUCCUGACAUGGGGAGCGGUGGUGAGUACAGCAGCUGAGCUGAACGAAGAGACGCCCAGGCGAUUCAAUCGAUUGGGGUCCCCGAGGGCCUGUGGGGAGACUCGUGGAUGGGCCUCUGGCACUCCACACCACAGCUGGAUUGCACCUCCUCUGUGUGCCAUAGAUCUGGAUCUGUGAGAUUCCCCUUGGAGGCUCCAGAGAAAGUGCAGUAUGUGAAGCAAACAUCAGUACCUGAGACUAAGCUCCACUGAUGACCCUUCAAGGGCGCGCACCCCCACUCCGUCAUACCACCGGUCCAUAAAUGUCCCACCAGAAGCAGAGCAGCUUUCCUGGCCUGCCGUCCCGGUACAGCAGUGAUGGAUGCUUUCAGCAUGGCACUGACAUGGGGGCCUCAGGCUGGGCUGGCCAGGAUCCCGAGAGCUAUAGAAGAAGCCCAUGGGCAUCUCGACCCUGUUCCGUGUCAGAGCUGGAGAGGAGCUACACAAACAGCUACCCCUUCUCAGGGGUCCCCUUCCGAGGAGAGAACCCUCUGAACGGGACGCCAGGACCCUGGGAGCCCGACCACUCAAACAGCGCAUGGAGAGAGUCCAGCAGGGGCUUUUAUAGCCCCAAGCACAUCGAAAGAGCCAGGUCCUUGAGUCCCUUGCGAGGGAUCCACUCCAUAGAUAGUGGGAUAGUUUUAACCAAUGGCAUGGAAUGUGCCUGGAAACAUUCCAGCCCACCACUCAGAAGGAGGCAUUCUUUAUCUCGUCUCCCGGACUGGGACACAGAAGAAUAUGGUCCCAUGCGGCCAUUGGCUCGACGGGUGUGGAGUGGAUUGGAACUGGACCUGCGGGCAUCUUUACCAGAGAAUGUGCAGAGGACAGCAGGGCUGGGGCCCUCUCUGCGGGACGCUCCUGGGGUGCUAGAGGGACAAGCAGAAGAGCUGCAGAAGAUGGAACUCAACAGGGUGAAGUUUGAGCUGUUUUCCAUUAAGCAGAAGCAGAUGGAGAGCUCCCUCACCCAACUAGAGAAGGAAAAGAGCUGUUUGGACCUGUCCCGCUAUGAAGACCAGAAACAGAGAGGGGACCUGCAAGAGAAGAUCCUUAAUUUGGAGAUGGAGGUGGUGAAGGCCAAAUCCUGCUUAAGCAGAAUGAGCUGCCGCUCGGUCUCCCCAAGUCCCAGCCAGAGGUUGUCUGCGGAGAAGGAGGAGCUGAACCGAGAAAUGACAGCUCUUCAAGAAACCCUGAGUGAUUACAAGGAGCACAUGAAGGUUCUGGAAGCAGAACGGGAUGAAAUGACCCAGCAGCUGAACUCAGCCAAAGAGGGGCAACAGCUGGCUUUCAGCCAGACCAGUGAGGCCAACCAGAGAGUGACAGACUCGCUCCAGGCGACAACAGCACUGCACAAGGAAAUUGGCAGACUCCAAGCGGCUUACAGCAGCACCAGCCGGGAGAAGGAGCUGCUGUCUUCCAAGGUGGCCAGGCUGGAGGAGAGAGUAUCUGAGCUCACCAUGAAGCUGAAGCCUGCCCUGGCCAACAGGGAGAGGUUCCUAAAGGAGAAAGUGGAGCUGCACCAGCAGGUGCAGGAUCUUACCCUACAGUUGGAACACGCACAGUGGAGCCGAGAGGGAUUCAACAGCCAAGUCUCAGACCUCCACCUGGAGCUGGUGAAUGCCGAGGCCCAGGCCAACCACCAGGACCAGGAGAAGGUCCUGAUGAAGGAGGAACUGGUGACUCUCAGACAGGUAAAUGAGCAGCUCUCCUCUGAACUGGGUCAGAGCCACCAGAGACUGGAGACCUCCCUGGAUCAGCUCCAACACCUGGAGGCUGAGAAGAAGAUCCUGACCCAUAGGAUCCAGGCCCUGGAGACUGAGCGCAUGCAGCUGCUGGGUGAACAGGAGGCGCUGAAGUCAGAAAUGCAGAGGGAUCCUGGAGGCCAAGGGACUGAUGUGGCAGCUCUUCAAACGACCUGCGAAGGGCUCAGGGCAUCACAGUCCCUGUUGCAGGCGGACAAGGAAGCCCUGCAGGCUCGCUGCAUGGAGCUGGAGGCUGCCCUGCGGCACAAGCAGGAGGAGUUGUGUGGCCAGCUCGCAGAGCAGCAGCAGGUCUCCCAGCACUGGAAGGACAGAUGGAACCAGGCGGACAUGGCCCUAAAAACCAAAGAGGAGGAACUGGAGCAGGCACAUAUGGCGCGUCAGAGCUUGUCUGCCAAGCAUACUGAGCUCUUGGAAGACUGCGAGCUGCUCCAGGUGGAUGUGGAGGAGCUGGCCGAGCUGAGAGGCACAGUGUGCAGCCUGAAGGAAGAAAACAGAGACUUAAUGAGACAGCUGACGGAGCAGCAACAGGCCACCCAGCUGCUGCAGCUACAGCAAGAGCUGGCUACAAACACAUCUGUACUGGGAUCAGGCUCAGAGAGGACUUCAGAACAAGAGGCCCUUUACAAAGAGAUCCAGGAAACCCACGGCAGGAUAAAGAGGCUGGAGAAUGAAAAAGCUGAGAUGAAGUCCGAGAUCAGGAAGCUGAAGCUGGAUGGCGCUUCCGUCCUGCGGAUUGAACUGGACGCCUGUAAGCAGGAGCUGGAGCUGGAAAAAAGCCGCAGUCAGGCUCUGAAUGGCAAAGUGCAGCUGCUGCAGUCCCGGCACUGGGACAAUGUUGCUCCACCACAUGAGCAGAUCAAGUUCCCAACAGCCUCCAAUACCACAGCAACAUCUGGCUUAGAGAUGGAUUGUCCUGUGUCCUCUCCAAGAAGUUUUCAGAUGUCCAGUCCUCAAGGAGAGCCGUUGGCCCUGGAGAGUCCCCAGGGCUUGAUGGCCUCAGGGGGCCUGUCUGAGGUGGAAAGCCUGAAGCAGAAGCUCCAGAAGGAGACUGCAUCCCGGCAGGAAAAGGAGGCGCUGAUCUGCACUCUGAGAGAGGAAUUAGAAGAACUGAAACUAAAGCAGCCAGGAGACAUCAAGGCCUCCCUGGAGGAAGUAGACACAGAGUUAGUGCUGGUCCGAGAAGAGCUGCAGAAGGUUUGGGGCAUGCUGAAAACACGUGAUAUGGCACUGGAAGAACAACGGCUGGAGUUAGAAUUGUCCAGGAGCCAGUACACUGAAUGCAGCUCAGAGAAGCUGAGACUGGAACAACUCGUCGCCUCUCUGGAGCACCAGCUGGCAGAGAGAGAACAGGCCUUGAGGCACCUUCAACAAGCAAGUGAGAUGGAAAAAAACAAGCUGGAGAUUCAAGCCUCUUCAUUAGAGCUGAAGGGGCUGAGUCGGUGCGCAACCGGCCAAGUCACAAGGAGCCCCCAGGAAAAGAGCCAAACCCUGGAACAGCAGCAUCAGUUGGUGACCGAGCAGCUCAAGGGCUUGUUCAGACAGAGGCAGCAGCUGCAGUCAGGGAACAGAAAGCUGUCAAGAGACCAGAAGGACGAGUGCUCAGUGGAGCAAUGGGUGAAGAACUCUCAAGUGGUAAGAACUGCCUGCCCCGUCCCUGCCUCGCAUUAG